UUAAGUUAGCAAUGCAGACGUUCCUCCCAAAGACUCGGGAAUUAGAGAGGCUGGGCUCCGCUGGAGCUGUUCCGACAGAUUUGCAGUAUUAGUAGUAUAUUUAUAUUAUUGAUUUUCCUCCCGCUUUCCUUCACAAGAAAGGAUCUUUUAACCUGCGGGCGGGGGAAGAAGAGAGGGGUGCACUUUGCACAUGCUCAGAGGCAUUCUCUUAAACGAUUUCCGCCUUCCCCCGCCCCAAGUCCUAGGUGGGUGUGGGCGGGCUGGUGGGUGGGCGAUCCUUGCAGGAAAGGGUAGCGGGGCGCGCUUUGCACAUGCUCAGAAGGAGCCUGGCCUUCCCUGUUGCAUCACCCUCCGCCUGCCGGACGGACUUCUCGGCGCCUUCAGACGAGCUUGGCUGCGCUUCGCCAUCCGUUUCCGAGCACAACAUUUCCUCGAUCACCCUAGCUUUACCAUGGACGCUGGAGUUGAAAAGGGUGCAGAAGAGAAAAUUCAGGUGGUGCCGAAGGAGCGCCUCACCCUCCUUAAACAAAAGAGAGGAGAAGCUAAGCCUGAGAAGCCAGUGGACAGAAAGGAGAUGCUGAUUGACGACGAGAAAGUUAAAGUUGAAGCAUCAGCUGCCACUGAGGAGUUAAAGCAUGAGAAAUUGCAGGAGAGUCUUGGCGAUCUAUUAGACAUCGAGAAGGUUAAAGAAGAAAGCAGCAGUGACGAACUGAUGAUCGAGGAUCCUACGAAAGAGGAAUGUGGAAAAAGCAAUGAGGUGUUGCCGGAUUCCGAAGUGAUGGACCUGAAGAAAGAAAGGAAGGAAGAGGAUGGAGAAGAAGGAAAUAGCAGCGAGGGGAUGGUGGAUUCGGGAAGCAUUGAAAUCAGGGAAGAAGAGGACACGCUGGUGCAGAGACUUGAGGAGCUGAAACAGAAAUACGGUGAUCUGUGUCAGAACAGCCCUGCCUUCCAGGAGAUGAUGCUGAGACUCAAAGCCGGCUGGUUAGGCCACAGCAAGGAAGGGGAGCCUUCUCUGGGGAGCUCGGAGCGGCUGCAGCUGAACCGGAUGAUGUGGGGGGGAGACGAGGUCAGCUUCCCCCGGGGGGAAGGCCAGGCCGGAGCAUCCGAGGGCCACUCUCUGGACAGCCGGGGACCAAUUUCCAUCCCUUUCGGCAGGGGCUUCUUCGACUUCAGCGAGUUCGCCGUGCAGCAGAGCUUCCUGCAGAAGAAAGGCCCGGAGGUCUCGAAGGGCUUUGGGGUGGCGAGCCCGGGCGCCGAGAAGCCGCCCCCGGCCGAGAAGCCCUACAAGUGCAACGAGUGCGGGAAGAGCUUCGGCAAGCGCUCGACGCUGAACACGCACGGGCGGACGCACACGGGGGAGAAGCCCUUCAAGUGCUCCCACUGCGACAAGCGCUUCAGCCAGAGCUCCCACCUGCAGCUGCACGAGCGGACCCACACUGGGGAGAAGCCCUACAAGUGCCUCCUGUGCGAGAAGAGCUACAACCAGCGCUCCAGCCUCAUCAUCCACGAGCGCAGCCACACCGGGGAGAAGCCGUACACCUGCCUCGAGUGCGGGAAGAGCUUCAGCCAGAAGGCGACGCUGGUCCUGCACGAGAAGAGCCAUCGGGGGGAGAAGCCCUACAAGUGCCUGGAGUGCGGCAAGGGCUUCAGCCUGAGCGCCGACCUCAUCCGCCACCAGAGCAUCCACACCGGAGAGAAGCCCUACACCUGCUCCGAGUGCGGGAAGAGCUUCAGCCAGAACUCGCACCUCAUGGCCCACAUCCGGACCCACACGGGCGAGAAGCCCCACAAGUGCCUGGAGUGCGGCAAGGGCUUCAACUGGACCUCGGAGCUCAUCGCCCACGAGCGGACGCACACCGGCGAGAAGCCCUACCAGUGCCUCUACUGCGAGAAGAGCUUCAGCGUGCGCUCCAGCCUCAGCAAGCACGAGCGGACCCACACCGGGGAGAAGCCCUACAUCUGCCUGCAGUGCGGCAAGGGCUUCAUCCAGCGCUCCAGCCUGGUGGCGCACGAGCGCUCCCACACCGGCGAGAAGCCCUACAUGUGCCUCGGCUGCGGGAAGUGUUUCCGUGAGAGCUCCCAGCUCAUCGCCCACGAGCGGACGCACACCAGCGAGAAGCCCUACGUCUGCCCUGAGUGCGGGAGCUGCUUCAAGGCCAAGGCGGCCCUCAUCAGACACCAGCGCUGCCACCUGGGCGUGAACUCUUUCAUAUGCGCUGACUGCGGGAAGAUCUUCUCAUCGGCCGCCGAGAGCCCGGAGAAAUGCCCCGAGUGCGUCAACCUGGGCCUGAUGGCCGACCUCACACAAGCCUCCGGAGAGGCCUACCUAGAGGUGGGAGAAGGAGAAGGAGAAGGAGAGGACGGAAGUGAGGCUAAGAUGUGAGAAGCGUUUUUCCUUUCCUUUUGGCCGGUGACCUCUUGCACCCUUUUUCAGCUGAAAGGAUGGCAGCAAAGAUCUGUGCCACAGCUGAGGGUGAAGUCUUGUCUGGUCAGUGAAGGAAGAGCCGAUGGGCCUUUUCCAAACAUAGCUGUGAAAAGGAUGGGGCGGCCCUCCCCUCCAUUUUGGGCUAACUGCUUCCUUCUCUUUCCUCCUCUUUUUUCUGGCCCUACGGCUCACCCUUCUCCAUGUUGGGCUUCCUGAGGAAGAGGAGCUAUAGAGCUGUGAGGCUGCUGCCUAGCAACACCACACCAUGUUCUCCAUCAGUCUCCAAGGAAGCAGGAAAAGGCCUUUGCCUGGCAAGAACAGGCCCGUAUGCCUAACGGUUCUCUCCUUGUGGCAAAACAAUGGACAUUUCCAGACCACUGAGCAAGGAAAGCAUGGGGGGGGGGAGAAGAUUGUGUAUAAGAGGGAUGGUGACGUGGUUUGAGGCCUACCCCAUUUGUCUCCCCCCUCAAUCCUUGCCUAAUUUUAUCUGGUGAGGAGGAAGAGGAGGGUUUGGCCUGGGAAUUGGGCAGCCAUUUUGACAUUGAUUCAUGCUGUGGCUUGGCCCAGAUAACCCCCUCGCUGUCAAGCCUUAAACGGACUGCAACGUUGCUUGGAUUUGGCAAAUGAAUUUCGCCUGGGCUUUGAUUUCCACAGAAUAAGUUUAUGAAGAACUGCCCAUCAGGACAAGGGGGAUCCAAGCUGGGGUGGCAGAAUGGGAAUAGCACUGACCGGCAAUCUGAGCCGGCUGAGGUGCCGGUCCAUGUGUUGGCACAUGGCAAAGGAUUCGAAUCCAUGCCGGCCAUUUUAUGCUGAGAAAUGGGUUGGAACCGUGGCAGCAUAAUAGGAAUGGACCAGGAAUAGAAGCAGAUCUGGCUUUCUUUUUUAGAUGAAUCACGUUUUGAUUGUGGGAAAUGAAUUCAAUUUUUUGUCUUGUUUAGCACCUGGCUUGGGUAGCAGUCUCAACUAGCAGUGUAUGUGAUAUUAUUUAUUUUUAUAUAUGUACAUCUGUGAACUGUCUCCUCUUUGUCACGCUGAGGGUGGGCUUUUUGCUGGGGCAUCUGAUUUUGUUUUAUCACAUACUUUUUUCAAACAUCUCCUAACUGCUGGAAUGGACACAGGAUUGGACUUUGGUUUAAAGAUGGAGCAGGAUGCGGUGAUAGAAUCCAGAAAAGGGUCUGGCACCACCCCGCCCCUUUUGAAUCACACAGAUAUGUUUGGUUGAAAGGAGAAAGCUAGCAGAUAAGGCGGAAAGAGUCUAGCCCAGACCACUCCUUGCAAGGGAGUUUGUUAAGUGAGUAAUCAUUUUUUAAAAUGCGGCUCAGUAGAAGUUACAGCCCCAUUUUACACUUCAGGACUCUGCCACCUCAUUCCGUUCUUUGUGGAGACAAGGCCUUAGAGCAGAGAUGGGGAACCUCUGGCCUCAAAUAUGGUGUUAGGCUCCAUCUCCCAUCAACACCAGCCCACACAGCAUCUGGGCAUGAUGGCAGUUGUAGCCCAGCAACACCCGGGAGGACAACCGUUUUUUGCCGUUUCUGCCUCUGGAGACUGUCAACACCUCGUACCAGGUUCAGGGAACCUUUGGGUGUUGCUGAACUACAAUUCCCUGACUACUGGCCAUGCUUACUGGAGCAGUGGGAGUUGUAGUUCCUCACACCGGUUUUAGACAAUUGGGCACGAGCCCAAAGAAUCAUGGGAGUUUCUGUGAAAGGGACAAAAAAAGUUUCUCCAGCAAAUAAUUCUCCUCAGUAACCUUCCCCAACCUGAUUCCCUCCAAAUCUUGUUGGACUCCGGUCAUCCCUGACCAUUGCUGUGCUUCCUGAGGCAACCUUUGGCCCUCCAGAUGUUGAUGAACUGCAUCUCCCAUCAGCCCCCUCAAAGGUGACCCAGGAAUUGUAGUCCAGCAGCAUGUGGCAGGCUACCAUUUCCUCAUCUUGGCCUUAGAAGGCCCUAAAGGCCUCACAAGGUCAUUCCCACCCCCUUCACCCCACUCCUGAGCUUCUCAACUAGGGAUGGGGAUCUUGAGCGAUACUUUCCUCUCUACCACCGGUUCAACAAAUCUUGACUUAGAUUGACUUGGUUCAGAAGUAGUCCCUUUUUCAGAUGUGGGUACCAUUAUCUCAUGGCCCAGAUGCCUCGUUUGAAAGUAGAAAACACUGUCGGAUUCUCCCUUUACGUGACGAGCUUUCAAGCCAGGGAGAAGAGUGGAUUUAGAAGUCUGGCACCCACGGGCUU